AGAUGAAUUUGAGGAAUCUGACACGGAAAUAGAGAAAGAAAUAGACAAAUCCUAUGCAGAAUUAGCAAAAGAAAUUGUGGAAAGUGAUGAAGAAAUGGAAAAAGAAAUAGACAAAUCUCAUGCAGAAAAGGAGAAAGAAAUAUACGAAUCUGACACAGAAAUCGAGAAAGAAAUAGACAAGUUCAAUGCCGAAAUGGGUAAAAAAAUGAAGGAACCUGAUGCAGAAAUGGAGAACAAAUUUGUCAAAACUGACGAAGAAAUGAAGAAAGAGAUAGACCUAUCCAAUACGAAGAUGGAAAAGGAAAUCGAAUCUGAUGCAGAAAAUGAAAAAGAAAUAGACGAUUCCAAUGCUGAAGAAAGAGAAGACUCUAUGACAGAAAUAGAUAAAGAAAUAGUCAAAUCUAAUGCCAAAAUGAAAGCAAUUGAGGAAUGGAAUGCAAAAAUGGAGAAAGAAAUAGAGGAAUCCAAUGCCAGAUUGGAGAAAGAAAUAGAUGAGUCUGACUCAGAAAUGGAAAAAGAAAUUGUCGACUUUGAUGCAGAAGUGAAGAAAGAAAUAAUCAAAACCCGUGCAAAAAUAGAAGAGUCUUAUGCAGAAAUGGAGACAGAAGUUAACAUAUCUCAUGCAGAAAUGAAGAAAGAAAUCAAGGAAUAUAGAGCAAAAACAGAUGAAGAAAUUGAGGAGUUUGUUGCAGAUAACGAGAAAGAAAUAGUCAAAACUGAUGAAGAAAUGGAGAGAGAUAUAGAGGAAUCCAAUGCAAAAAACACUGAGGAAAUGGACUUUGAUUUUAAAGACACAGAUAUUGGAGAAAUCCUUUCAAAUGGUGCUUGUACUGCACAUGACACACUUGUUGACAUUUCGUAUGAUAGUGAAACUCAUGCAAAUACUGCAGACAGUGGAGAUCUUAAAUCUGACAUUCCAAACACAGAAAUCAUGGUCUAG